GCAAAUCCUUGUUUGGGUUACACGUGUCGCUGGGCCGGUGAACGAUGUCAAGUGGAUGAAACCGGACAGCCCAAAUGCGUCUGUCCCCAACCCUGUCCCAAUGUGGUCUCUCCUGUGUGUGGAAGCGACCACGUGACCUAUGACAGUCACUGUCAUCUUGAACGUACGGCCUGUAUGAAAAUGCGGGACAUUUUCAUUUUGUAUGGAGGUCAAUGCAGUGAAGAGCCGCACUGUGAAGCACUUGGACUUCAGUGUCAGGGUUACGAAAUCUGUUCCCGAGUACCUGCACCCCACGUCUAUGAUCCGCUAUCCAGAUACGCCAAUCCGUGGAAAAGCAUCACUUCCACCACACAACAAGCACAACUCGUGGCCCGUUGUUUGUGUCCCACCUGUCCGGAACGAGGGAUUGGAGAUCAGGUGUGCGGAACCGACGGUCAGACGUAUCGAAGUGAAUGCCAUUUGCGGGCCAGUGCUUGCCAACGUCAGUUGCAUCAGCUGAAAGUGCGAGCUCGUGGUCCAUGUGACGCGUGUAAAACCAAGGAUUGCUCGUAUCACGCCAAAUGUCGGUUGAAUCCGCUAGGGGAACCGGAAUGUAUUUGUCCCACUGACUGCUUAUACGUACGAAAACCCGUUUGUGGUACUGACGGGAAAAUGUACGAGAACGAAUGUUUCCUCAAAGUGGCGGCCUGUGCAGAACAACGAGAAAUUCAUGUGGCUCAAGAAGGUCCCUGUGCCACAUGUCCAUUCGGCUGCCCGCUCGGUUAUCAGUGUCUGAAAGGCGAAUGCGUGUGUCGUGAUGCGUGCCCAAAACCGACCGCUUUGGAAGCGGAUGUUUGUGGCAGUGAUGGCCAAAUCUAUCCGAGUGAGUGCGAACUGAAGCGACAAGCUUGCCUGAAACAGACCAAUGUGCGAGUGGAUCCGUCCGGGGCAAAAUGUCGCGAGUUGGCAAACCUCAUUCAUAACGGUUCAGUACCGGGUCGUGCUGAUGUCGCGGACAGUGCGGGAACCCACCUGACUCAACCGCAAGCAGCCUGCUCCUGUCAUCCAGAUGGUUCUUUGAGUACAACUUGUGAUGCUAUGACCGGUCAGUGUCAUUGUCGUCCGGGCAUUUUUGGUCGCCAAUGCUCAAUUUGUCCGGAAGGUGGUCGACUGACCAAGACAGGGUGCAUAAACAGUGCGGGAGCACAAUCCGUGCAACUGCCACUCACAUCCACCUUUAUCCUGAAACGACCACCUCCGUGGUACAACUAUCUACCGUAA